UACGUGCACGAGCUGCGCUACGUCGAUUUGAGCGAUAAUUUGUUCACGGGAGAUUUGCCGCGAGACUUGUUUAAGAUGACGCAGCUUCAGAGCCUCGUGUUGUCUGGAAAUCGCAUCACGGGCGCGCUUCCCGAGGACGUCGGCGCGCUGACGAAUCUGCGGCACAUCGACUUGUCCGCGAACGCCAUGCGCGGCGCGCUUCCCGAGUCGCUCGGCGCGUUGAGUGAGCUCAAAGUGCUGUAUCUGGGCGAGUCUGGGCUCGAGAACAAAAACGACUUCGCGGGCCCGAUUCCCGAGUCGUGGCGACGUUUGAAAUCGCUGAAAUCGUUUUCGUUAGCCGGCAACUCGAACAUCGGUGGAACGUUGCCCGAUUGGUUGCUCAACAAUCUGGACUCGCUCGAAGAGUUGACGCUGUCGAGAUGCGGUUUGACUGGGGAAAUACCGCCGAACGUCGAUCAAAUGAAGUCGCUUCGCGUGUUGGAUCUCGGCGAAAACUCAUUCAGCGGCGUCGUGCCCGUGGAAUCGCUGUCGAGAUUGCGACGUUUGAAGCACCUGCGUUUGGCCGGAAACGCGCUCAUCGGGUCGCUCGGCCCAUCCGUCGCCCAUUUGCGAGAGAUUGAAACCUUUGACGUGAGCUCGAACCGUUUGACGGGGGAUUUGCCAAAGGAACUCUUCUCGCUGCGAUUGCUAGAAAUUUUGGACGUUUCAAACAACGCGUUUACCGGGACGUUGGCUCCUCCCGACGGCGCGGAGACGUCGAAUUUGCGCGUCGUCGACGCCGAAAGCAACCGUCUCGUCGGCGUGCUCUUAGACGGCGAGUUCUUCAAGCGCGCGCCGCAUUUGAGGUAUUUGAGACUGUCGAAUAACAGAAUUUCCGGCGCGUUCACCGACGGCGCGUUCGACGACGCGGGCGAACUGGUGGAGCUACACGCGUCGAAUAACGAUUUGCUCGGCCCGUUGCCGGAUUCUGUCCGUCAUUUGACAAAGUUGAAAUCGUUGCGACUGAGCGGCAACGCGCGUCUGGGCGCCGGUCGUGGAAUGCCCGACGCGCUGUCGGAGUGUUGGAAUCUCAGAGUCGUCGAGCUCGCGCGCGCGGGCUUCGAGGGCGACAUCGCGGACGAUGCGUUCGCGCGCAUGCGUCGAUUAUCUUCGCUGAAUUUGGCCGAAAACAAGUUUUCGGGCAACGUGCCCGCGUCGUUGAAAUCGGCUGAAUUUCUGCGGAAAUUGGAGAUUCAAAACAACGCAUUCGUCGGGGAAAUUCCGUCGUGGCUCGUCGAGCUUCCGCACCUGGAACUCGCCGAUUUCACGGGCAACAAGUUCACGGGCGCGAUCCCGGAUUCG